CCUUUCCCAAUCGGGAUUGGCCACGGCCAGGGCCUGCUGCUGCGGCCAUGGCCUACCAUGAGUCAGAAAUGACACAAGACAUUCGGGAGAACGGCCUCCCGAUCGACUUUUUCUUCCGUUGCAAUUACUGCAUUGCACUCAUUGGACAGGACAAACCUGUGUUUAUGGGCCAUGACAGAAGUUAUUGUAGCGCGUCCUGUCGCCGACGCGGGCGCUCCUUGCUGUACACAAAUUUGCGAUCAAUGCAGUUGGACGGGCUCAUGGAGACCAAGAAGCCAAGUUCCGAAAGCGGCACUAGCGCUCUUAGCACCGCUUGGUCAGAGUCCUCCAUAUCUUCGCGCCCAAAGUCGGACAGGCCGAGCGGCCCUCUCGGGUGGGUCAUAAGCAAGGUCUUUAAUGUCAUUUCAAACCGCCUACCAGAGUCUUUAAAUGUCUUGCAAAAGUCUUCGCUGGUUCAAUCAGCAUCCUCAGCCUUGCUUCAAAGACUCGGUCACGGAUCCUCAUUUCAGCGUCUUCUAGGAUAUCUGCCACAGGUGGAUAGCCUUCAAAGAUUGGACGAUGAGGAGGACUUGGAGGAAAGCGACCUGAGUUGGUGGAUCUCAAGGCAGUGAUCUCCGGCGAGCAGGGGCCCCAGCACGUUGGUCGUAUCAGCCGCGCGUUCCAGGGCGGAAGUUUCGAUAGUUUCGAUGAUAUUCAGUGGCUAUAUGUGGUUAUCGGAAAUGCGAGGCCUAUAGCAGAUUCGUUUAAACGCCAGUGGUGUCUCAUUGAAAUCACCUGAACAUCUUUUCAGGGCGAGACACUGCGCAACCAAAACGCCCAGCUCUCUUGUGGCAACAGAACACCCGAAGCGUCCUGCGUACCUUCCACCGACUCAGGGCAAGUGCCAGCUGAGCAGUUUGGCGCAGAAAGCUGCAGACCAAACAGGGCACGUAUCAACAGGAAGAUGCCAUGGGUUGCCCUGUGG